AACUCUGGCUGGGCAUCAGAACUGGGUUUGUGUCCCAGCUCCAAACUCUACCACAACCUGAGGCUGGGAAAGAUGGCUCACCUGCUGUGCCUCAGGGCCCUCGUCUGUGAAGAAGAAUAUUGGUCUAGAUCUAGAUGGACUCUAAGCACAGUUUAAGUUUGCCCCAUAGAGGUUCUGAGGCCUGGGAGGCUGGGAUUGACAAGUAUCUCUACGCCAUGCGGCUCUCUGAUGAAACUCUGUUGGAUAUCAUGACUCGCUUCAAGAGGGAGAUGCAGAAUGGCCUCUCCCGAGAUUUUAAUCCCACAGCCACACUCAAGAUGUUGCCAACGUUUGUAAGAUCCAUUCCCGAUGGUUCAGAAAAGGGAGAUUUCAUUGCUCUGGACCUUGGUGGGUCUUCCUUUCGAAUUCUGCGGGUGCAAGUGAAUCACGAGCAAAAGCAGAAUGUUCGCAUGGAGUCUGAGGUUUACGACACCCCAGAAAACAUCAUGCACGGCAGCGGAAGCCAGCUUUUCGAUCACGUCGCGGAGUGCCUGGGAGAUUUCAUGGAGAAAAAGAAAAUCAAGGACAAGAAAUUACCUGUGGGAUUCACAUUUUCUUUCCCUUGCCAACAAUCCAAAAUAGACGAGGCCGUGCUGAUCACCUGGACAAAACGAUUUAAAGCAAGCGGAGUGGAGGGAGCGGAUGUGGUGAAGCUGCUUAACAAGGCCAUCAAAAAACGAGGGGACUAUGACGCCAACAUUGUGGCCGUGGUGAACGACACGGUGGGGACCAUGAUGACCUGUGGCUAUGACGACCAGCACUGUGAAGUUGGCCUGAUCAUUGGCACCGGCACAAAUGCCUGCUAUAUGGAGGAACUAAGGUACAUUGACCUGGUGGAAGGUGACGAGGGGAGGAUGUGCAUCAACACGGAGUGGGGGGCCUUUGGAGACGACGGCUCCCUGGAGGACAUCCGCACCGAGUUUGACAGAGAGAUAGACCGGGGAUCCCUCAACCCUGGAAAACAGCUCUUUGAGAAGAUGGUCAGUGGCAUGUACAUGGGGGAGCUGGUUCGAAUGAUCCUGGUCAAGAUGGCCAAGGAGGGCCUCUUAUUUGAAGGGCGGAUCACCCCAGAGCUGCUCACCAAAGGGAAGUUCAACACCAACGACGUGUCAGCCAUCGAAAAGAAUAAGGAAGGCCUCCACAAUGCCAAAGAAAUCCUGACACGCCUGGGAGUAGAGCCAUCUGAUGACGACUGUAUUUCGGUCCAGCACGUGUGCACCAUUGUCUCAUUUCGCUCUGCCAAUCUGGUGGCUGCAACGCUGGGUGCCAUCUUGAACCGCCUCCGUGAUAACAAGGGCAGCCCCAGGCUGCGGACCACGGUUGGUGUCGACGGGUCUCUUUACAAGACACACCCACAGUAUUCCCGGCGUUUCCACAAGACUCUGAGACGCUUGGUGCCCGACUCCGACGUGCGUUUCCUCCUCUCGGAGAGUGGCAGCGGCAAGGGGGCUGCCAUGGUGACUGCCGUCGCCUACCGCCUGGCCGAGCAGCACCGACAGAUACAGGAGACCCUGGCCCACUUCCACCUCACCAAGGAGAUGCUACUGGAGGUAAAGAAGAGGAUGAGGGCCGAGAUGGAAUUUGGGCUGAAGAAGAAGACGCACGAGAAGGCCGUCGUGAAGAUGCUGCCCUCCUUUGUCCGGAGCACUCCAGAUGGGACUGAGAAUGGUGACUUCUUGGCCCUGGAUCUUGGAGGAACCAAUUUCCGUGUCCUGCUGGUGAAAAUCCGUAGUGGGAAAAAGAGAACAGUGGAAAUGCACAACAAGAUCUAUGCCAUUCCCACUGAAAUCAUGCAGGGCACUGGGGAGGAGCUGUUUGACCACAUCGUCUCCUGUAUUUCUGACUUCCUGGACUACAUGGGGAUCAAAGGCCCCAGAAUGCCACUGGGCUUCACGUUUUCGUUUCCGUGCAUGCAGACAAGCUUGGAUGCGGGAAUCUUGAUCACCUGGACGAAGGGUUUUAAGGCAACUGACUGCGUGGGGCACGAUGUUGCCACCUUACUGAGGGAUGCAAUAAAAAGGAGAGAGGAAUUUGAUUUGGAUGUGGUGGCCGUGGUCAACGACACGGUGGGCACCAUGAUGACCUGUGCUUAUGAGGAGCCCACCUGUGAGGUCGGACUCAUCGUCGGAACGGGCAGCAAUGCCUGCUACAUGGAAGAAAUGAAGAAUGUCGAGGUGCUGGAGGGGAACGAGGGGCGAAUGUGUAUCAACAUGGAGUGGGGUGCCUUCGGGGACAACGGGUGUCUGGAUGAUAUCAGAACAACCUAUGACAUACUGGUGGAUGAAUAUUCUUUAAACUCUGGGAAACAAAGGUAUGAGAAGAUGAUCAGUGGAAUGUACCUGGGCGAGAUUGUCCGCAACAUCUUGAUCGACUUCACCAGGAAGGGCUUCCUCUUCCGAGGGCAGAUCUCUGAGACCCUGAAGACCCGGGGCAUCUUUGAGACCAAGUAUCUCUCUCAGAUCGAGAGUGACCGGUUGGCACUGCUCCAGGUCCGGGCCAUCCUCCAGCAGCUGGGGCUGAACAGCACUUGCGACGACAGUAUCCUCGUCAAGACUGUGUGUGGGGUCGUGUCCAGGAGGGCCGCGCAGCUGUGUGGCGCAGGCAUGGCCGCUGUGGUGGAUAAGAUCCGCGAGAACAGAGGGCUCAACCAUCUGAACGUGACCGUGGGGGUAGAUGGGACGCUCUACAAACUUCACCCGCACUUCUCCAGAAUUAUGUACCAAACCGUGAAGGAGCUGUCACCAAGUUGUAACGUGUCAUUCCUGCUGUCAGAAGAUGGCAGUGGCAAAGGGGCUGCCCUCAUCACAGCCGUAGGUGUGCGGCUCCGAGAGGAAACGACCCCAAGCAGCUAAAAGCCCAGGAACCCCAGCCUGCUGCCCUUCCAGCACUUCUCUCUUUAAGCGGUGACCCCCUAGUCCUCCCAGUAGCCAUGCUGGGAAAUGCCAGCACCGGAGCCUGCCAGCGCCGCAGCGGGAAGAAAACAUGACAACUAAUGGCGUAUAAAGUAGGGUACAAAAUAGAGUGUGUGCUGUUGAUAAUCUCUCUCACCUGGAUCCCUCCUCACCUGCCCUGCCACUCUGCAUGAUUUGAUUUCAACCUGGUCGUCCGUUCCCCACGUGUGAAGUUUAGUGAUGUCCAUUUCUAAUUUAUGCACUCAUCCAAUGAAGUUAUUUAUUGGCUCGAGAUGAAAAGUCACAUCAACUGACAGGCCCUAUGGUCUCUGAAGCCUGUCCGUGGGGCUGCGUCCCCCGUGUGAAAUGUAUUAUCUCCAGCAGACACUGCCGGAACUCCCCUUCCAGGGGUGCGGCCCGAAGGGCGUCUGUGGAUGUAGCAUUAGCCGCCUCCUCGCGUCCCAGCACCCACUGCUGUCUGGUGUCCCAAGGCGCCCGCUGGGACGUGUCAAUGCCACUAAAUUGUGUGUCCGUGGAACCAGUCAUGACCACACUGUGAUAGUUUUGCAUCCUGUUUGUCUUGUUGGGGGAAGUGGGCAGUCCUGUGGGAAAGUGUCUUGUCUCCAUUUGGGUAAAACGAACCAAGCAACCAACAAUGCCAUCACUGGAAUUUCCCGUUGCUUUUGUGAGCCAUGUUGUAUGACCUAGUAAACUUUGUACCAAUCCAAAA